UUAGGAAGGCAAAGAGUUCGGGAAAGAGGCCGAGUGUUUUUUACACUCUGAUUGGUUGUCCUCAUGUUCUACAAGUUUGGUUCUACGAGUGUUGUAAGUACAUGAAAGGUAAGUACUGCCAAAAGGAAAGCUCUCGUAUUCCAAGGAUCACUCAGUGGACAUGCAAUAGUCAACCUACUUUCAAAGUUUUGAAGACUACUAUCUUUGAUGUUUCCAAAGAUAAGCUGCAACUUUCAAAUAUGAGGCCCACGGCUGGUGAGUUCAAAGCUUUGAAACUGAGCAGUUUCAAGUUCGACACCGACUUCAACUCUUACAAGAGUCUUCCUGUCCCCGAAGAGCCAACUGUUGCUCGAGGUGACAUUUCGUCAAGCUUGAGGGCCUUUUCUGAGAAAUUUCAUGGGUUGGAGGUCAAGAUCGAUUCGUUGCAUACUUCCCAACAGAAGAUUUCAUCUGAUUUGGUUGAGUUGAAAGAGUUUGUGUCUGCACAGUUUGUUUCUUUUGGUGCUCAGAUGGCUUCAAUGCAGACACAGUUUUCUACUGUUUUUGCCGAUUCCUAUGCCAAGGAAAAAGGCAGUGACUCUUCCAAUGAUGAUGAUGGAGGUGGUGAUGAAGCAGAUUUUGAUUUAAAUGAAUCUGAAGAAACUGAUGAAAAUGAAGAAGAGAAUGUUAUGGGUGAUGACGAAGGGGAGGGUAGUGAAGGUGAAGAGAAGGAUGAUCAAGCCGAUGAAGAUUCUGACUCAAAAGAAAAAAAUGAUAAUGGCAGUGAUGAUGAUGCCACUGAUAGUGAGGAGAAGAAUUUCGUUGAUUUCAAUGACGGCCCUACUCAAAUAGAUGUUGAGGCUACUGUUCAGUCCGGGGUAAAAGCAGUUGAGCUUAUGAUGUCUUCAGAUGGAAUUGGUGGUGAUCCUUGUAAACAGAUUUCAGUUUCUGAAAAUGUUGAGGUUACGGAUCGUCGUCUUGUUUGUUUUGAGAUGGGUGCAACAGGUCUCAAUGUUGAUUCUAACAUUGAACUUGAAGAUGACCCAAUUCCCGUUGAAGAAACUCCUCUUGUUGACAAGAGGAAAUCUAAGAAACCCAUAGCGCUGACGUCUCCGUUUAUGGAGUAUGACUCUUCCAUUUCUAGUUCUAAAGAUGGUUCUGGUUAUGGAGUUGUUAAGUAUGUGGCUGGGUUGUGUCCUCUCGAUGAUAAGAUUGGUGAAGAUGUAGAACAUAAAGACGAGAUUGAUUUUGACUUGUGGCUUGGUGAAGGACGCCGAUCGAAGAAAGAUCCGCAUGAUAAGGAGAAGGUUUACUUGAAGGGUAAGGAUAAGAUUGUUCCCCCUUUUCGUUUUGGCGUGGAAGAUGUUGCAACCAAGAUGUGGUUCCACAAGCUUGCAUAUCCUGGCCAAUGUUUGACUAAUUCUCAUCUGGACAUCAUUUUUUACUAUCUACGUAAAAAAGGAAAGUAUGCAAAGGAGCCAAAGGUUAAGUUCACAACCACCGAUUGCUUAUUCUUCAAAACCAUUCAUGCUUUGUAUGAAAAAUUUAUUGCACAGAAAAAAAAUCUUUCUUUGAUAACUGCCCAGCAUGCCAUUGCUGAUUAUAUAAGAGGUAGAAAAAUGUUAUGUGGUUCCCCUUGGCAUUUGUGCGAUCAUGUUUUCUUUAUCAUCCAUAUGGAGACUGAAUCACAUUGGAUUCUUGGUCGAUUGAAUAUUGAGGAAAGGCGUGUGUACAUGUACAACUCCUUGUCGACUGCUAUGAAAGAUAGUGCUGCUAUCAAAGCUUGUCAGCCAUUUGCGGUGUUGUUGCCCCACUUUUUUGCUUUGUUUGAUGAGUUCAAAAAGGAAAACAAACCGAUUUGUUUAGACCCUUUCGAAGUUGUUAAGGUUGAUGGUUUGCCUCAACAAACCUCUAAUGACUGUGGUUGUUUCGUUGCAUCGUUCGCCGAAUACUUUAUUGAUAUGAAACCGAUUCCUCCCAUAUUUGAUGUUGAGAAACACCGUGAUAGGCUUGCUGUGUUGUUCUAUAAGUAUGCUCGCAUGAAAGAAGUGGAAUUUAUUGAUAGUGAAGAUGAGGCUCCUCCAAAGGGUCCAAAGAAGAAUUUGUCUUAGUUAUCUAUUGGUUGUUGUUGGAAAUACUACUUUUUUUUAUGUAGCUUUUGUUUUUUCUAUUACCAGAUUAUGUUCAUAAUCAUAGACAAGUUGUUGUUUCUAUCAUGUUUUUUUCUUAAUUGGAAUUGGUUUUUAAUUUGUUCA